AUGUUCACUAUUUAUGAAAAAGAGUCUUUACAGUUAAGAUAUUAUAACAAUUCAGAAGAUUACUUCACCAAUAAAACGAAUAAAGAUAAGAAGUUACUUAAAACUGUACUUUCUUUAACCAAAGAUGAUCCUUAUAACGUAAUACCACUUACAUUUAGUAUUAGCUGCUCUGAAACACUUCCAAUUCAAUUUUUAAAUGACUUAUUGAGUAAUGUAAACAACUUUGAAUUAUCUUUAAGAUUUUUGAGUUUGAAUGAUAACCAAUAUCAAUUAUUAAGAACUUACAAGAAAUCAUCUGAUAUCACAUCUAGUUUACUUCUACAACAAAAAUUUGAUAGCUCAAAUGGCAUAAUACUUGACUCAAACAGUGAUUGGCCACCAAAUGUGUUGGGUUUAUCUCUUUUAUGUCUUCAAAAUAUUCAACCUCUAAUAGAUUAUGGUUUACCAGCUAAUUUGGAAGGUUUAUGUAUAUUGGCAACUUUUAAAACGACUGACUUUUUACUGGAGUCACCACCACAUGUUACUGACUUGGUAAUUGGUGCCAUUGAUGGCCAAUUAAUCAAUUUUAAAGACAUAUUUAAGUUGACACUACAAUAUAUUUCUUUAUAUUGUAUAGAAAUUGGGACACAGGUAGAUAACAUUUAUCUUCCACCUGGAUUAGAAAUGUUUGAAUGGCAAAUUCCAGUAUGUCUGAGUUCAUUGGACUUUAUUUGUUUCGACAAUGCCAAAUCAACUUUGAAUUCUAUAGAGCUUGGUUAUGAUGAACCGGUAAUUGAUGAUCUGAAAACUUUAUUUACAAAAUUGGACUUCAGUGAAUUUUCAAGCUUGACAUAUAUGAAAUUAGACGAUUGCAAUAUUAUAAAUCUUGACAAUUUCUUCUUACCAAUAAGUCUAGAAGAGUUGGAAAUCCAUAACGAGCAUUUUGAUUCACUUGAUCAAACAUGUCCAUUUCUAAGUGAUUCAUACAAAUAUCCACUUACAGGAACUAAAAUUGAUAGAUUGUGA